CUCUCUGUGGCAAGUCAGUAAAAAAUUGAAUAAAUAUGAUGCACAACUCCUUGUUUCAGGGUUAGGGCUGGCUCCCUGGGACUGUAGUUUGGGCUCUCACGUCCUGCAGUAAACCAAUAGCUAGUCAAACGGAAAUUAAUCCACUGGAUUAAUAACAAUUACCAGGGACCAUGGUGGGAAUGAAGCCCUCCGAUACACCCCCUACCCUGGGGGUGAAGCUGCUGAGUGCUGGCUCAGCGGCCUGCAUCGCUGACCUGGUCACCUUUCCCCUGGAUACAGCCAAAGUCAGACUCCAGAUUCAGGGAGAGAAGGUGGCGUCGGAAGCUACCAAGGGCAUCCGCUACAGGGGGGUGUUUGGGACAAUCAGUACCAUGAUCCGGACGGAGGGGCCCAGGUCGCUGUAUAACGGUCUGGUGGCGGGCUUACAGAGACAGAUGUGCUUUGCCUCCAUCAGGAUCGGCUUCUAUGACAACGUCAAAAACUUCUACUCUGGCGGCGCAGACACUGCAAAUAUUGGUAUCCGUAUCUUGGCCGGCUGCACCACAGGGGCCAUGGCUGUGUCUUUCGCCCAGCCCACUGACGUGGUGAAGGUCCGCUUCCAGGCCCAGGUCAACCUGACCGGGGUGGCUCGUCGCUACACGGGCACCAUGCAGGCCUACAAACACAUUUUCAACCACGAGGGCAUCCGCGGGCUCUGGAAAGGCUGUCUACCCAACAUCACUAGGAAUGCUCUGGUCAACUGCACAGAGCUUGUGACCUAUGACCUCAUCAAGGAGGCCAUUCUUAGGCACAACCUGUUGUCAGAUAACCUCCCGUGCCAUUUUGCUUCUGCGUUCGGCGCCGGCUUCGUUACCACCUGCAUUGCCUCUCCGGUGGACGUGGUGAAGACACGAUACAUGAACUCUCCGCCGGGCCAGUAUAAGAGUGCCAUCAACUGUGCCUGGACCAUGGCCACCAAAGAGGGACCCACGGCCUUCUACAAAGGAUUUGUGCCCUCAUUUCUAAGGCUGGGCUCGUGGAACGUUGUGAUGUUUGUGUCGUUUGAGCAGCUCAAGAGAGUCAUGAUGUUAGGAAAGCAGAAGAUGGAGGACAAAAGUUAACUUCAUUCCUACGUUCAAAGAGCCCUUUGCAAUGAUGACAAGCGCACAAACCUAGCCAUAUUGAGUUGGACCCACAAUGUAGUGUAGACUACAGGAACACGAUCCAUAACGUUAAGAUUCCUAUCUGUUCGACUGUCAGCAUGUUGUAUG